AUGUUUAUUUUACCAGUUGGACUUGACUUGAUGACUGAUUUAUCCGUAGCAGUCGAGCAGAGAUUAAUAGAAAUCGCUGCAUGGAUCAGUCGACAUUCUCUUUUCACCCUGGGAAAUGGAGUUGAUGGACCACAAGGAUGCAAGUCGAUGUCAUUUCCGAAAUUACCAGCGACAAUUUACUUCUUCACUACGGGCUAUGCAAAAAAUCAGUAUUUAUCCGAGACACAGGAAAACGGAGGAUCGGACGGCACCUCACAUAGGGCAUGCGUUGGUAAAUGA